ACCAAUCAAACCAAAUCAGAUCAGGCCAUAAAAUUGAUCGUAUCGGACCGGGUUGACCCAGAGACAAGAAGCUGAUGUACAAACCCCGAUUCUUGAUCGUAUCGAAGCUUAUUUCCCACUAUCUUUGACACAAACAUCGUUUCCGAGUUGAUUUCCGAGCGAACUCCGAUUCACUGGUUGGUGUUUAUAGACAACUAUGGAAUCUAACAGGGGAGGCCAGAGUGGAGGAAUUCAUCUUCUGCUAGCUGCAGAGAAAGAAGCUCAGCAAGUUGUCACUGCUGCCAGGGCCGCGAAACAGGCGAUACUGAAACAGGCAAAGGAAGAAGCUGAGAAAGAGAUAGCAGAGUUUCGAGCUAAUUUGGAAGCUGCAUUUCAGAUGAAAGUUUCCCAGAGUAGCGGUGACUCGGGUGCAAAUGUGAAGCGUCUUGAACACGAAACGGAGGAAAAGAUCCAGCAUUUAAACAUGGACACAAAUAGAAUCUCACACGGUGUUGUCCAGAUGCUUCUGAGGCAUGCUACCACGGUGGCUAACUGAUUGUUUUCCUCUUAAAUAUGGGACUGAUUGAAUAAACCAUUGUCAUCUUUUACAGAAGAUGUUUGUUAAUUGUACCACAAAUAAAUGCAAUUUGGAUAUUUCAUAGAGUAGGUGAAUUGAGUUCUGCUGUAGCAUAAUAAGGUUCGUGAUUUGUUUGAAUAGAUAUAGCCAUAAAAUUAAUAAGC